AUGACAGAAUUUCUUCAGCAAAAUUUUCGACCAGAGCAAGGAGAGCAGAGUAGAGCGGUGCAAGUUGGAUGCACCUAUGAGCACUUUUUAGCACAUAGAACCCUGACUUUCACGGGUGAAGAAGAUCCACUUUGGGUUGGAAAGUGGAUUAAAGAUUUGGAGAGAACAUUUGAAGUUUGUAGUUGCAUUGAGGCACAACAAGUGCUGUAUGCAAGUUACUUGCUACAAGGUGAUGCAGCUGAUUGGUGGGAGACCAAGAGGGAAAUGUUAGUGAUGGAGUUGGGGUCUUUUGCUUCUGUGUCCUGGCAGCGCUUCAAGAAUGAAUUUAAUGACCGUUUCUUUCCUAUUUCUAUGAGGGGACAAGAGGCAAGAGAAUUUAGUAGCCUGGGUGGGGCUCAGUGUUUUAAUUGUGGCCAACUGGGACACUUUGCUCGUGAGUGUCCUAACUCAGUUCAAGGAAGUCGUGGAGGUCAUCGUGGCGGUAGGACUAAUCAGAGACAAGUGGUGCAAGCUCGGAUAUAUGCUGUUACUCCUGGAGAAGUUGACGACGGGGCACCAAAGACGCACGAUGCUGGGGUGAUUACAGGUGCAUCUCAAUUGUUUUUGUCUUCUACUUUCGCAUGGAUACGCAAUCUGGUUAUGGAGCCCUUGUCAAAAUCGUUGGUAGUGACUCUCCCAAACGGUGAAGUGGUGUGGUGUUCUAAAGUUAUGUUGGGCUGUCCAUUGGAUUUUGGUGGAAGGACACUCGAUGCGGAUUUGGUUGUGUUCAAAUUGUUGGAGUUUGAUAUUAUUCUUGGAAUUGAUUGGCUGUAUCGAUAUUCUGCAAAUAUCAAUUGUAGAAGUCAAGUAAUUAGCUUUCAACUCCCGGAUGAAUUUCUUGAUGUGUUGGUGGAUGAAUUGCCUGGGUUACCUCUUGUUCGUGAGUUGGAGUUCGCUAUUGAUUUGGAACCUGGAGCAGCUCUUGUGCACAAGGCUCCUUACCGUAUGGCACCAAUUGAGUUAAAAGAGUUGAAUGUUCAGUUGCAAUAA